AUGGAACCACCACAUCCAACAGACCUUGCUCAGCAGGAGGCUGCAGCUCGCGAAUUCGAACCUCAGCUGGCAUUACCCCAGACCUAUUCCCACUAUCGCCCUGUCCAAGGUGACGGUAAUUGUGGUUGGCGAGCGAUCGCUUUCGGUUAUUUCGAAACGUUAGUACGAUGCGGCGAUAUAAAUCAAGUUCAAGGCGAGUUGGCUCGGUUAACAAGCUUGAACAAGUUCAUCGAGACCGUUGGAGGCCAUAGUGUCUGGUUGUUCGAGGAUAUGGUUGCCGUAACAUUUGACUUAUUCAAUGAGAUCAUCGGAGCGAUGUCUAACGGCCAGGAUGCUAUGCUGGCUGUGAUGGAUACGUUCAACAAUCCUGAGAAGUCGCAAUCCAUCGUCUACCAUCAGCGCUUGCUCGCAUCGUCAUGGUUGAAGGGUCGUUAUGCCCAUUACGAGCCCUGGAUAACAGGUGGCGCCGAGAGCUACGUUCAAGAUACCAUCCUGCCUAUUGACCGGGAGAUCGACCACGUAGGUGUUGUGCUACUUCACGACGUGCUACUCAAACCGGCGAAUAUCGUACUCGAGAUUGUCUACUUAGACCGGAGCAACGGCGUGGAAGCCAAUGUUCAUCGGAUGCCCGAAGAAGCUAACGGUCAGGACCACGCUACAUUAGGACCAAUAAUCUACCUGUUAUACCGUCCAGGUCAUUACGAUAUUUUAUAUCGCGACUCUAUUGUCCAACCUUCACCCAUGCCGCCCGCACUAACUACACUGUCGAUCAAUCGGGCAACGCCCUUCACGCAUCAAGAGAUUGAAAGUACAGACAUGCCGCUUCAAGAUUUCCCGGUGGACAUGAGUACAUUGGCUAUGAUACCUGGUUUUGGUGUUGCCGACAUAUCUCCCUUGGGGUCUCCGUCCGCACCGUCUCCUAUGACAGAUCCUUAUGCCCCUUCUCCGCAAUCGCCAUGGAUGCCGCAGCCGUUUCCAGAUAGCCUAGCGACUGGGCCUCCGCCUCCACAGCCGAGUCCCCCGCAGCAACAGCCGGCAACCCCCAUGACAUUGCAUCCUCUGCGCUUUAGCAAAUACAACUUCCCCGACUUGGUUGAGACCAACACGUUUCAUGAACCAGCUUUCACGACAAACACCUUCAAAAACAGCCACUUCAAUGUGGCCCAUUACAAUAAUAUGAAUUUCCAGCCUGAGAUGUACAGGCCAGAGGCAGAUGAAGAAAUACCACAUGGAAAAGGCAGCGGUCGGAAACGGAGUAGCGAGCAUUGCGCGGUCAUCAAAAAAGAGAACAGGGGUUAG